UUGUAUAAUUAUUUGCAGCAUUUUCUCUGCAAUGCAGUCUGCUAAAAAUCAUCCUACGAAACGAACACAGUCUCCGCCCCUGAAAGACAAACUUCGUAACGGGUGAUUGUUAUUCAAAUGAGCCUCAAUGGGCGGAAUCAAGUCGGUGAGCUAUAACGGAGCAUACAGUGAGAACACAGCGCGCGGAGCAGGCCAUUCAACACCCGCUCGUGGGAACCACUAUAGGAUAUUGGAGCAGCAUAUGCAGCAUGGGAUACUGAAGUUCCCAGCUCUAUAAGGAACGUUUUUUAUGCUUGAAUAAUAUUGAGCGCAUAAACUGGGGGAAUUGUGAAUAGGCUACCUUGGAGCUUGGUCUUCGAAUUUUAACUCCCCAUUAGUGAAUGUUCCCUCAGGUUAUUUCGGGGGGUGGACGAAGAUCUGGCUCAUUAUCUUCUAUCAGAAACAGAAGCGAAGGGCUGCAGUCAUCUACCUGUUGAAAUAAUGAGUCAGGCGGACAUGGCUUGCUCUGCGCGUCAAAGAGUGUUUCAGGAAGCGCUCAGGAAAGGGAAUACUAAGGAACUCCAUUCGCUCUUGCAAAACAUGACAAACUGUGAAUUUAACGUGAACUCUUUCGGACCCGAGGGACAGACGGCGCUUCAUCAGUCCGUGAUCGAUGGCAACCUGGAGUUAGUGAAGCUACUGGUGAAGUUUGGUGCAGACAUCCGUCUGGCCAACAGAGAUGGAUGGAGCGCCCUGCACAUAGCAGCUUUUGGUGGACACCAAGACAUCGUUCUUUACCUCAUCACACGGGCGAAGUACUCAUCAAGCGCGCUCUGAGGCAAUCAAAGAAGAUCUGACGCUGUACCUUUAAGCCUACAUGACCCGUAUGUGCCAAAGACAGUUUGUUUGUGAUGUAUUUAGGAAAUUGAUUUAAUAUCGGUAGGCACAGAAUUCAAAUCCAAAAGGCUAUUUUUGAUAAGUUGGGUUGGUACAAUGUCAUGGGUGUGGUUUGCCAACUUUGGAUGCAUGAUGAAAAUGAUCGCUGUGUUAUUUAUAGAUUUUUUUUUUCAUGACAAAUUGAACAGGCUAUCAACGUAAGAAAUACGACAUUAGUUGCUCCAACAGGUUGAUUAGACUCAGGUUGCGAAUUUUGUGGGGGUGGGGAUCUGACUCCUUAAUUAAGUCUUGAACAUACAAAAAGAAAAAAACAACAAUGGUGUUUUUUAAAAUUAGGAAGGCUAUAUAUAUAUAUAUAUAUAUAUAUAUAUAUAUAUAAGGCUAUAUAUGCAGCGUUCAAACAGCGUUUUAAGAACCACAAAAACUACAAAAGAUUGUAUGUAUAACUGAUGUUAACUAAUACAAAAUUUAUGCGCAAGACCAACUUAAUCAUUAACGUUACUGACAGACAUUUCUCCACAAAGUCGACCCCCCCCCCCCCCCCCAAUUCACACACUGACUAGACUGACAUACAUAUUCCUGUACAGAAUAACAUUAUGUACACGUUCUAUUUGCAUAUUGCCUAAAACUGGGACUGAUGUCCGAUACCUCAACUGUAAUGCAUUAUAACGGUGACAAUGCAUGUUGGUCAUCAAGUUUAGUAUCUUUCAUCAUUCAGCAUCUCUCACCUCUUUAAUGGAAAUAUUUACACACAUUUUAUUUCACUCACAACUAAAUAGGACUGCAUUUUGGCAUUGACUGUUGUGUCAUAAUCAGUACUUUGUGAUUGUUUUUAUUUUUAGCUGUUCCACACAUUUCAAGCCACACUGUUUUCUAAUUCAGAGUUUGAGCAAAACUAUAGACUGCAUUGUAUCCUAAAGCACGUUGGCCUCGUCUUCUUAGACCUCUUGUCAACUCAGGCAAGUUGUAAGGUUUAAAUAUGUUGUGACUUAUGAAAUGCUUCAAAGCCAGUAUAAAAAUAUGCAUUACUUAUACUUGAGAAUGUUUUAAAUAUUGCACUGAUGGCUGUUUUAUGAGUUGUUGGUGUGAUGCCAACUUUUAAAGAUACUAUUUUUCUAAAUGGAAAAACUAUUCUUAUUGUAUGUAAGCUCCAGGGUGGGUUCCACUCAUUCUUUGCAAAGGUUUUUAUAUGCCUAUGAAUUAAAUUACUGUAUGUGUAAUUACGCAACACACUCUGCUUGAAUGUCCCCCCCAUAAGUAAUGUCAAACAUAUUAUAGACCAUAACAACUAUGUUAAAAUAUGACAGUGUUAUUGGGCAUCCUUUUGACAUAAUGGGAGAACAAACAAGUAAAGUGAAGUGUCCAUAAAAAGUCUUGGAGCACUUCCUAUCUGAAGUCCUAUCCUCCUCUUUUUAAGGGGGAUGCUACAUGGUAAAACCAGUGUAACAAGAAGUUGCACAAUGCACAAGUCUUUACUUGAUAAUGCCAUAACAUUUAUGACAUGAAAGUAAAAGUAUCUUCUUAUAAAAGUAACUUCGUGAUAUUCUGGACCAACUUUUGAAUUAUUAUUUUCAUCAAACAGAAGUUUGGAAAAAGGGCUCUCAUAAUGUUUUUGUGAAUUGUUAUUUUGUUGUGUUUUAUAUUUGUUUAGCUGUUUUGUUUAUGUUUUGAAUGAUGUAAGUGGUCAUAUUUUAAAUAUAUUACUUGCUGUAUUUUGUACUUUUUGUGCAAAGCCAUUUUAGAUUAAAUUCUGUGGUUGUAAGAAAA